AUGGCGGACAAAACUUCGCAGCCUGGUUUUGAUCCUCCUCCUCCACCGCGAUGGGUGGUCUCGCUCAACACCCCUUUGCCUCGUCCGUCCAAGGCGGCGGCCAACAUCCCCGAUCCACCUGGGUUUUCCAGAGCUAAGCCACAAACCCAAAAGCAGCAACAGCAACAGCAGCAACCCACCCCCUCCAAACCCAUCGAAACCGACGCCCUCAAGGUCAAAAAGGCCUGGGAAAUCGCCCUCGCUCCCUCUAAGCAACUCCCCAUGAACGCGAUCAUGAUGUACAUGUCCGGAAACAGUCUACAGAUCUUUAGUAUCAUGAUGGUAUUUAUGUUGUUCAAGGGUCCUAUCCAGGGGUUGAUUAAUACGAAUACGGUGUUUGCCAAGUUCGACACGGAGGGAACGCAUAAGAAGUUGCUGGGUGUGAAGGCGGUUUAUGUGUUGAUGCAGUUUGGGUUGUUGGCGUUGGGCGUGUGGAAGGUCAAUGCUAUGGGGCUUUUGCCGACUACGAGGUCAGAUUGGUUGGCUUGGGAGUCAGAACGGCAACCGCUGGAACGGGCUUAUUUUGCGUUUAGCUGA